GUAUCGCGUACGGUGUUUUGUGUUUUCACAUGCGGAAGGGGGUUACCUGAGUGCCAGAACGUAUGUUUGUCAGUGUUUUUAGUCUUUCUUGUUCAACAAUAUGGACACAAAAAGUGUGUUUAACAGGCUGCGACAGUUUGAUGCCUAUCCCAAGACUCUGGAAGAUUUUAGGGUGAGAACAUUUAGUGGUGCAGCAGUUACCAUCAUCAGUGCCAUCCUCAUGACUGUGUUGUUUAUGUCAGAACUCAACUAUUACUUGACAAAAGAGGUUAUACCAGAGCUGUACGUCGAUAACACACGAGGGGAAAAACUCAGAAUCAAUAUGGAUGUCAUUUUUCCGAAAAUGCCCUGUGCCUUUAUAAGUUUGGAUGCAAUGGAUGUAUCAGGGGAGCACCAACUGGACGUGGAUCUUAACAUCUAUCGGAGGAGGUUAGACGCCAAGGGUAAACCCAUCGACGAGAAAGAAGAAACCGUCAAACUUGGAGAAGAAGAUAAAGAUGCGGCCGAAAAACUCAUUAAGCUUUCCAAAAAGGAAGAAUUGGAUCCUUCCAGAUGUGAAAGCUGCUACGGAGCAGAAACCAAGGAAUUAGAAUGUUGUAACACUUGUGAGGACGUACGCGAGGCUUAUAGACGGAAAGGCUGGGCCUUCAAUAUGGCGACUGAGAUCGUACAAUGUAACCGUGAGGGUUGGAGUGAUCAGAUUGACGCGCAGAAGGGAGAAGGUUGCCAGAUGUUUGGCUAUCUGGAAGUUAACAAGGUUGCAGGUAAUUUCCACUUUGCUCCCGGUAAGAGUUUCCAGCAGCAUCACAUCCAUGUCCACGACUUGCAACCCUUCAUUGGAGACAAGUUCAACAUGACACAUCACAUCCAGCAGCUAUCGUUUGGAAUGGAGUACCCAGGCAUGGACAAUCCACUGGAUCAUACGCUGGUCACAGAUAAAAGAGGCUCAACAAUGUAUCAAUAUUUCAUCAAAGUUGUUCCGACCACCUACACCAAACUCAACGGACAGACGACGCGAACCAAUCAAUACUCGGUCACCAAGCACGAGAAGCAGGUCUCCAUUCUGAACCUCAGCGGUGAGCAGGGCUUGCCCGGUGUCUUCGUGCUGUACGAACUCUCACCGCUCAUGGUCAAAUUCACAGAAAAACAUAGGUCGUUUAUGCAUUUCUUGACUGGGGUAUGUGCCAUCAUUGGUGGAGUGUUCACAGUUGCUGGUCUGAUAGAUUCAUUCAUCUACCACUCGGCCAGGGCUAUACAGAAGAAGAUUGACCUGGGCAAGGCGUUAUAACGCUGGCUUCUCUACACACCCCUUGUAACAUGCCAUUGCUGAUGUAAACACCGCAAACAGAGAACGUCCACGCUCAUUGGAGGGGUCAUCAUUUUGAAUCUGAUCGUCUUAUGAUGACUUCAUUGAUAUAGACCUUUGGGAAAUGUUGUUGGC